AGUCCAUAUGCUUGUCAAAGCAGCAUAGCAAUGGGAAGUUCACCAACAAGGCUGUCAAGUGUUUAAAGCUACAAGUAACUAAGGGCGCGGAACGACGACAAAUUAGCAGCUCGAUCGGCACGGGAUAGCCUCUCAAUUCUGCUAAACGUAGCCAUGGACCCGAGAGACACGGCUCCGGAUUCGUGGGAGCUGGAGGAAGACGCCGAGGCCCCGGCCAACUCUGCGGCGGCGGCGGCGGCGACUCUCCCGGGCGUCUUCGCCGCGCUCAACGUCAACGCCAAGCCGUUUGUCCCCAACCUCAACGCCCCGGUGUUCGUGCCGAGCUUCCUUCAGAGCAACGCGGCGGAAAUGCCUACCACCGAGGGUACCCCUGAUCCUGUUGUCAGCAUUGACAUGGCACAAACAGUCGCUCCGGUGGAGAAUGGCGGUUCCGAGGCCGACAUGGCGGGAGACGAAGAGACAUGGGAGCAGAACGAGGAGCCUGGUGGCGGCGGCGGCGGCGGACGAGAGGACCCGGGCGCCACGGGGGACUGUCGAGCCCACGUCGAGAUCCAGGAGGAUGAGGAGAUGAUCAUGGAAGAGGAAGAGGAGGAGAUGCCACUUCCCAAAGCGGCUCCUUCUACGCCCGACGCCCCCAAGAAAGAGCACGUCAAUGUUGUCUUCAUCGGUCACGUGGAUGCUGGAAAAUCAACUAUUGGUGGACAGAUCAUGUAUCUAACUGGAAUGGUGGAAAAGCGAACUUUGGAAAAAUACGAAAGGGAAGCAAAAGAAAAGAACAGAGAAACAUGGUACCUGUCGUGGGCUUUGGACACCAACCAAGAGGAGCGAGACAAAGGGAAGACUGUGGAGGUGGGCCGGGCCUACUUUGAGACGGAGAGAAAACACUUCACCAUUCUUGAUGCUCCUGGGCACAAGAGCUUUGUCCCUAACAUGAUUGGAGGAGCGUCACAAGCUGACCUGGCUGUCCUGGUGAUCUCGGCGAGAAAGGGCGAAUUCGAGACCGGGUUUGAAAAAGGCGGACAGACUCGGGAGCACGCCAUGCUGGCCAAAACGGCGGGCGUCAAGCAUCUCAUUGUGCUGGUCAACAAGAUGGACGACCCCACUGUCAAUUGGAGCCUAGACAGGUAUGAAGAGUGCAAGGAAAAACUGGUGCCAUUCUUAAAGAAGGUUGGCUUCAACCCCAAGAAGGACAUCUACUUUAUGCCUUGCUCCGGACUCACAGGUGCCAACCUCAAGGAACCCGUGCCCGAAUGUCCCUGGUACACGGGUUUGCCAUUUAUUCCACACUUGGAUAGUUUGCCAAACUUCACCAGAUCUGUUCACGGCCCAGUAAGACUCCCCAUUGUAGAUAAGUACAAGGACAUGGGUACAGUCAUUCUUGGGAAGCUGGAGUCAGGAUCCAUCAGCAAAGCCCAGCAGUUGAUUAUGAUGCCAAACAGGCACAUAGUUGAAGUACUGAGCCUCCUAAGCGAUGAGGUCGAGACAGAAGACGCAGGUCCCGGAGAGAACCUGAAGAUGAGGCUGAAGGGCAUCGAAGAAGAAGAGAUCUUGCCCGGUUUCAUCUUGUGCAGCCCCGACAACCUUUGCCACACCGGCCGCACCUUUGACGCUCAGAUCGUCAUCAUAGAGCACAAAUCCAUCAUUUGUCCCGGUUACAACGCAGUCCUUCACCUUCACACCUGCAUCGAAGAGGUGCAAAUCUCUGCCUUAAUUUGUAUGGUGGACAAGAAGACCGGAGAGAAAAGUAAAACACGGCCACGCUUUGUCAAGCAGGACCAGGUUUGUAUUGCCAGGUUCCGGGCGGCGGGAGUCAUCUGCAUUGAGACUUUCAAGGACUUCCCUCAGAUGGGGAGAUUCACACUACGAGAUGAAGGCAAAACCAUCGCCAUCGGAAAAGUGCUGAAGCUGGUGCCAGAAAAGGACUAAACGCAACUGUGGCCCGAGUUGCGUCAUUGUUCUGCUCGCCACCCACCGGAGGAGGAGGAGGAAGAUUGCUGCUGGGGCCAAUCACAACAGCUGAUCUUCUCUUUACACUCGACUAUGCGAAAGAGAAGACCAUUCAACUAAGGAGCUGAGAGGGGAAUUCAUUGCGUCAGAUUAAAAUAACAAGACUGGAUCAGUUUUUACGAUGAACAAUGUCAAGUGAGAGACAGCGUCCAGGGUUCUCAUAUUGAGGGCUCUGAUAUGCCAACUAAUGUAGCGGCCGACCGAAUACGCUGUCGAUCGAGCGGCCACGCCAUUUGCUUUUAACCAAGACGGGUGCAGUGUUACGGGGUUGGAUCGGGGAGAACGCAAAUAGAGAACAUAGCUCUCCGGGUGAUGUCAUUUUGAGGUAUACAUUUCCAAGUUUAAGAACAGGAAUGAAGAUUCGGUCGACACGUUAUUUGCUAGUGUUGCCAGCGGGUUCAUUUUGGUCUCACAUUAUUCUGAUGAACAAACACAAAGAUGCAACUGUUGCAUAACAAAGCCACAUGAAAAUAAAGAAAUCAUGACGCUU